AUGGAAACACGUGCUAAAUCUGCAACCGCCAUCAGGAAUGCAAAACACAUAUAUCUUAUCAGAACACCUGAAAAUGCAACCAGGAUUGUUGAAAAUGCAACUCCAGUUCCUGCGAAUGAAUCUGCCAUCAAUGGUACAAGAGCUCUUCCAUCAUGUCCUCCUACCCCGCCAAAUAGAGUUGGCCUAUUAGCAACCUACAAGGAGAUACUUUCUUUUGAGCAACUGGAGAAAGAGCUGAAAAACGUGAAGAAUGGGGGACGUUUUACUCCGACAGAAUGUCACACGGAACAGCGUGUCGCUGUUCUCGUCCCUUAUAGAAACAGACUGACUCAAUUGAGAUCGCUCCUACACAAUCUCCACAGCAUGCUUAUGAAACAACAAAUUGACUAUGGAAUCUUCGUCAUUGAACAGGUGGGAAAUAUUACAUUUAAUAGAGGUGCUUUACUCAACAUUGGGUUCGUUGAGUCCAUCAAAGCCUACAAUUACAACUGUUUCAUCUUCCAUGAUGUUGAUCUCAUCCCUGAGGAUGAUCGUAUCUACUACGGAUGUGGACCAAACCCUCGCCACCUGGUGGCAGCGAUGGAUAAAUACAACUAUAGGCUACCUUACCAAUCCUAUUUUGGUGGUGUUUCUCAGCUGCCGAGAAGUACUAUUGAAAAAAUGAAUGGCUGUUCGAACUUAUAUUUUGGAUGGGGAGGAGAAGAUGACGACAUUUAUCAGAGAGUGGUCCGAGCAGGUUUUAAAAUAGAGCGGUACAGUAAGACAAUAGCCCGCUACAGAAUGAUCAAACACGGUCGAGAUAAAACCAACGCAGUGAAUCCUAAAAGGUUUUCCCUGCUGCAAAAUACUUCAUCACGAAUGCAGUCUGACGGACUGAACAGUCUGAAAUACAAGCUACUUAAAAUAGAACAUAAUAAGUUGUUCACUAAUAUAUCCGUGGAAGUCAGAAAGGAAGACUACGGAUUAUAAUAGGGCGAUUAAAUCACCUUGUUGAAAAAAAGGACGCUGUCAGAGCUCCGGUCUACACUAACAGGAAGGACCAGAAACUUGCAGGAUUAAAAUACACCAACACAAAUCUCAUAUUGUAUGAAAAAUAUGAAUGUGUAAAAAGCAAGGAGCUUGAAGAAAUGCAACAUAAUCAUCUAUUUCAUGAAUAUACAUGUUGUAAUCUGUAAUUAUUUUACUUUGACCGAGACUCUUGUAAACAAAUCAAAUUUGUUGCCCAAUUUGUACUUGAUUUCAUAUCCUAUUUUGUAUCCCACAUCAAACGAGCUGAUGAUUUAAGAAAAAAAAUAAUAAAAAAAGAGAUACAUGUGGUUAUUAAACUUAUACGCCAUACUCAUGAUUCAACUUUACAAUAAUGAACAUGAAUCAACCUGUCAGUAAUUGGCUACACCAGAGACGUCUAUAUCACAUGUAUUAUAUAUGUCUCUGGCCAUACUAUGUCUUUGAACAUUGUACUAUAUAUAUGUCACAUACAUCAAUCCUUUUAAUCAAGGGAUCCGCAGUUUGAGGGACUUUUUUUAUCACGUGAUAAUUGUUUUAAUAGGUGUUAGCAAGCUAUGAUGUACUAUAUUAAGUUAGACUUUAAGUCUCUUCUAUUGGUAUAUAAUACCUGCCUUUUUUUUACAUUAUUGGAGGGUUUACCUUAUUUCCAUUGGUUAUAUAAUACCUGCCUGUUUUUACAUUAUUGGAGGGUUUACCUUAUUUCCAUUGGUUAUAUAAUACCUGCCUUUUUUUUACAUUAUUGGAGGAUUUACCUUAUUUCCAUUGGUUAUAUAAUACCUGCCUUUUUUUACAUUAUUGGAGGGUUUACCUUAUUUCCAUUGGUUAUAUAAUACCUGCCUGUUUUUACAUUAUUGGAGGGUUUACCUUUAUAUGUAUUACCUUAUUUCUAUUCAUUAUUGACUUUUAGGCAUGCUUUGUAUAUUCAUUAUACUUCGCCUCUGUUCCAUCCUCUGUUGUUUCUUCCCAAGAUUCAACAUGUUUACUUUUUACAUCCAGAUCAAUGCCAUCAUGUUUGGCCUCCAACGCUAUAUAAUAUAUAUCUAAUUGGGAUAAUUUUAUUUAAACCUUUGUGUUUAUAUUUGGUAUAAUUAUAAAUAUUGACUGUGAUGAAAUAUAUGUAUUCUCUAUUUUGUGGGUUUUGAUAUAUGAGUUUACAAUAAAGAGUCGAAGACAA